AAGCAGGGGUAUCAACUCACUUUAAGUUGUCUAACAAAACAGAGGAAUACUUAAGUAACCCUUCUGGGAAUGUGGGCGGGAGUGAAACAGUCAAUUGCCUUCUAUUCACAAAAUCAAAAUGGCCCACUGACCAAAACUGCGCUGUUCUUGCAACUUCAUAUCUGGGGUUCCGACAAUCAAACCAAAACUCCUGUUUUUUGAUUUGGGUUUAAGGGUUUUUCGUUGGGGAUGGCCAAAAGUUUAGUGGAGCUGAGGGAUCCAAGCAGCAGAAUCCCUUCCAGCCUUGAGUUCUUCAAGGUUUUUCUUCCCAAUUCCAGUUCUCUCCGUAUGAGUAUACCACCUGCUUUUGUAAAGUAUUUUAGAGGAUCCAUACCAAGUGAAGCUGUCCUCAAAGAUCAAAGUGGACAAUCAUGGCAUGUAACCUUGGAAGAACUGAAGAACAGUGUGUUUCUUAAGAACGGCUGGCAAGAAUUUGUUGACAGCCACUGCUUAAAAUAUGGGGACUUUUUAGUUUUCCAAUAUGAUGGGAAUUCCACGUUUGAUGUCAAGAUAUUUAGCAAAAAUGGAUGCAAGAAGGAGCUGAUAUCAGGAACCAGUAGUCUUAUCCUGGAAGUGAAGGUCAAAGAUGAGCCCCGAUCUGAAGAAGAAUACAGUACAUCGUUAACUCGUUGCAAAAGGAAUGAUUCAGAAGUUAGAUCCAGUGAUUGUUCAGGCACUGCCCCUAAAUCAAGGAAGAUAUCAACAACAAAUCUUGAAGAACUUAGCCCUUCUAAGACUGCAAAUCACGUUUCGAUGGAACCGCCGACCUUCGAGCUUUUAGUUAAGCAUUGGUCACAUAAUGCCAUUCAUAUUCCUAAACGAGUGAUGGUUGCACAUAACAUAUUGCUGAAACCAGAUGUGGUUAUUGUAGACGAAAAGGGCAGGUCGUGGCUAGUCACAGCGAAACCAAUUAGUCGUAGUCGGUUUGCCUUGACCACAGGAUGGCCGAUUUUCUUCAGGGCGCAUAGUUUGAGAGUAGAUGACAUAUGUACAUUUGAGUUUGUUCUCGGUUCGGAUAAUAUUUGUGGAGAAUUGAACGUGAAAAUCACCCGCAGUCGGGAAGGAAUUCAACAUGAAAAAUAGGCAGAAAUGGUGUAGGAGGGAUGAUGACUUGUAUCUUGCAUCUUGAAUCUGAAUCUCCCCCUUGGUUUCUUCAUGUAUAAUUUGGCUGUAAAAUGAUUUUGGAUC